AUGCGUGAACUAAAAUUAUAUCAUGCGUUUGUAUCUUUUUCAGGGACGCGCACCUCUUCUGAAGCAUGCGAGUUUUGUCCCGGUCAUCUGGUUUGUGGCGAGACUGGACUAUUUAUUUUUUCACCUAUUGAGUACAUCCAAAUGAGCAAACUGGAUGAAGUUCAUGAUUUGAUAUUUAAUUUCGUCAAGAAGGACGUCGGCGGUGCUGACAGGGGACCAUCUGAAUGCUUUGAUCGCCGUCCUAUAUCAUUGAUGCUGGUCGCUAAUAAUGAUCAGCUCGAGCGUAGUAAACUUAUAAAGAUUACAAAUAUUUGGCGUCCGGAUUGGCUGAAAGAAGGUGUACAAGUUGCUUCUGGAAAACAUUCCUCUAUGUCCGCUUUUCCAAAGAAAGCUGACCUCCCAGUUGUUAAGAGAAAGAUAACCUCGUGUUCAUUGCCCGACAAACUCAUCCGAUGUUUUCGGGAUGAACACUACAACCCAGAUGUGCACCAUGUUUCGAAAAAGGGCAUUGUUGCCUCGCCAGUUUACAACAUAGAUGAUUUAGACCAAGCCUGGGUGACCACUGUUAAUGAAGAGCGGACGCGUUUGCAACAGGAAAGGAUCCAGGACUGGAUGCUUGAGGACGUUUUAGACGCGGCUGAGCAGAUUUGCUUCGUCAAGUCCCAUCUUAGUACUCUGACCGAUGAGGGGCUUAAAAAUCUCGAAUAUGAUGAAGACGCCAAAUGUGAUGUUUGUCAAUCAUACAAUGGUGAGGACGGCAACGAGUUGGUCUUUUGCGAAAAAUGCAACGUGUGUGUGCACCAGGCCUGCUAUGGUAUCCCAAACUUACCAGAUGGUCCUUGGCACUGUCGACUUUGUGAGAUGGAGGCACAUUUAACCGCGCGAUGUGCGCUUUGUCCCAAUAAAGGUGGUGCAAUGAAACUUAUAGAUGAUUACAGGUCUUGGUGCCAUGUGAGCUGUGCGUUGUGGGUUCCAGAGGUUUCGUUUCAAGACGUCGAUUUGAUGGAACCCAUCACCAAUAUCAAUGGUAUUCCACAGGCGAGAAAAAACUUGGUCUGUGUACUUUGCAAAAUUCAUUACGGCGCGCCUAUUCAGUGCUCUGUGAAGAAAUGUAAAGUGGCCUUCCAUGUAACAUGUGCUUUUCAGCAUAACAUGACUAUGAUACAGGAGCUCAGUGGAUAUGAUGUUCGCCUCCUGGUGAGUCAUUACUGUUUACCGCUUUCAUUGUGGCUUACGCUCGACUCACUAUUCGGGAAUAUCUGUGAGUCGGGGUGGUCCUUUGUAGGGGGUCACUGUCCUAAGCACAGCAGUAAGGAGUAUCAGUUGCGAUUGGCACAGCUCCGGUUGUUGAAAAAGCCGACGGCUCAGCAUGCUGACACUGAUUUCACUCCUGUUGCUAGUAGCACUAACCCUCUUAGUCCCUCACCUUCGAAAAGUGACGCGUCGCCGGACAAAUAUGUACCCACCUCGGAGCGGCGGCCACGUGGACCAAGAAAGCAUCAAGACACGAACGAUCCUACUGCCAACUUCUACAUGCACGUCACCCGUGACGAUGUUGUCGCUCUUCUGCACCGGUGGGCACAGCAGAGGAGCUCAAAACGGUCCAGUGGCACUACUUCUUCUGAUCAGAGCCACCAGGUGCCUCUCGAUAUCGUUGAGCAGCUGCUCACCUAUUGGCGCCUUAAACGACGCAUCAAUUUCAACAAACCUCUCGUUGUAGAGGUGCCUCAACGCUGGUUUACGGAGCCCCUGCCCUCUCCCGCCGACUUUCCCGUUAGCUCUGGUGAGGUUGUAGAACGCUGUAAGGAUGUUCGCCUCAGUCUCGACCGUGCCCGUCUCAUAUGCGAUAUGGUGCUGAGCCGCGAAAAGAAGAAAACCACUCUGGUGCGCACCAUGAAGAGCAUCUCACAUGUUCAGCUUGACACUGUGGUUGAGGAUCCCGUAGCAGCUUGCGCGGAUGAGGUGAUAGCCAAGGCGCAUAUUGGGUCUUCAGUGUAUGAUACUACAGAUUAUUCGGCGUUGAGCAUUGUUGAGAGUUCAGUGGUUGGGGGAGCCAAGGCGAAACCGGCCGGUUAUAUAAUGACGGGUAAUCCAGUGGUGGAUAGUCUCCCCCCAGACCAGCUUGUUGUCGAUCCGUUUAUACUAGCACGACUGCGGGCGUCAUUUUCGAGGAAGAGGGGCAGACGAAGACAACGACCCCUAAAUGAGGGGCGAGUAGGAGCAGAGGUGUGUCGGCAGCCAAAACUCAGCGAUUUCCUGACAGCUCCGGUGAGGCGGCGUGGAAGGCCGCGAAAGGCUCUUACAGCGGUUCAGACAAACAGUGACGUGCAGGCGAUGGCAGGGCUGCAGGACCCCGACGACACCGAGGAUACCCUUGAUGUGUCCUAUAAUAGUCUAUCCUAG